GCGGGACAAACAAACUGAUUCUGGAAUACUACCAGGAAUAAGUACAUCAAAACACAGGCAGGAUGAAAAAUUGAUUCAAGAAUAUUUCAAGUAGCAGAUUACAAGGGAUCGGAGAGGAGUUACUCGAGUCUCUAGCCAAUUUUUGAUAACAACCAAGGCUUUUUGAAUCGUGAACACUGCCGUAUCAGCGUAUUACAAACUGAAACUGAAUCAUCAGGUCUGUAAUGUGGCAAAUAUACCAGACCAACAUGAGAAGUCUCUUCGUGAUGACAUUUUGGGUUUUUACUUUAGCUGAGGAUGUUACAUACCCUCCUGAUUCAGCGCUAGAUGCAGAUAAGACCAACAUACUCAUAGGGGGCCUCCUUCCUUUGGAUAUCAUAUUUGGAAAGCGACUACAGGCGACCGCCCAGGUUGCGAUAGAUGAGAUAAACAAGAGGAAAGACGUACUCGGAGACUACAAUCUAGUUCUACAUAUAAAGAAUGUAUCUCCAGAUGGACACUCGAUUGGAGGCGACUCUGUCCGUGUCACAACCAUAAAGACGUUGGAGUACAUAUCUGAAAAUCCAAUGGUCCACAUGAUAUAUGGGAACCUAUUUGCCUCUAACACCGAGUCAUCGGCAUACCUGACAGGCCUUUGGAAUGUCGUGCAGGUGACCCCACUGGCGAAUGCAUUGCAGCUAUCUGAUAAAGUUAGAUAUCCGUACCUUGUGAGUCUUCUUGCAGAAGAUUCUUUACUUAAUGAUCUCACCACCCACUUUAUUAAAGAAAGUAAAUGGACUAAAGUCAGCAUUAUAACUGAUUUAGCUUUCGAUGCACUUGGGAAGCUUCUGGGAGAUGAACUUAAGAAAGUGAAUGUAACUGUGCCUAACACAUUCCUAGUGGAUGACGAGGAUGACCCAGCAGACAUAGUUGCUUCUAUUAAGGAGUCUGGGGUGCAUAUAAUAGUUAUUCAAGUCUAUCAAGAAAUGCAUUACAAACUCUUAUGUGAGGCAUAUAAGCAGAACAUGUAUGCACCAAGAUAUGUGUGGAUAGCCAACAACAUGCUCAUCGAUGAUUUUGAACCGUAUUAUUCAACACAUGGCAAUGUGAGCUGUACUUGGAGUCAGAUAGAAGAAUCUGUAGAAGGACAGUUUGGAACUAGCAGUUUUUCGUUCCUUGAACAGUCCCCAGAUACCAUAACCAUAGGCGGAGAGAAUAUAAGCAGAGUAUUUGAGAAAGCCCGAUUAGAAGGUGACCUAAAUAAAUCAGGUUGGUCCCUGUAUGGAUAUGACUCGAUAUGGACAAUGGCCCUGGCUAUGAGCAACACCAUCAAGAGGAUAGCACCAAACACUCUAGAGGAGUUCACGUACAAACACAAAAACUAUACAGAUUUAUUCCUUGAGGAAAUGAAACAAUUGUCCUUUCCUGGUGCAACUGGACCCGUGUCGUUUACUGAAAAAAGAACGAGGGAAGAAGACCUUAGCUUCCAGCAAAUUAGAAGUGGCAAAGCCGAGGCAAUAGCAUAUUAUGACAGAUCUACUCAAACUAUGGACUUUAGAAAGAGUACUGAAUAUAUGUGGGAGCCAUAUGGUAACACUAUACCAAAUACCGAACCUCGUCUAGAAUAUACACAGUUACAAGUUUCUGCAGUCUUAUUUGCGAUCUACUCUGUUAUUGCCUGUGCUGGUAUUGUCAUAUGCUUCGCUAUUCUUCUAGUUAUGUUCAUUUACAGAGAUCACAGUGCCAUCACAUAUGGAUGGCCGAUCAUUAGGGCAAUAGUAUGUAUUGGCUGCCUGAUCCUCAAUAUAGCUGUUAUCCUUAUGGGAAUUGAUGAACACAAUGCUACUGCAGAGAACCAUCAAAGUGCUUGUCAGGUUGCAUCGUGGCUGCUUGUGUUUGGCUUUACUUUAGCAGUUGGUGGGAUGCUAGUUAAUUCAUUUGCCAUGUACCACUUUCAUACCAAAGGUCUUACAAAAUCAGUACAACAGGAGUUGAAAUACUGCAUCAUCUUAGCCCCAUGUUUUCUACUUGAUGUUUUACUUUUGGUAUUAUGGCAGUCCAUAGAUCCUCUUAAUAUAAGAACAGAAUAUCUUCAGAGAGAAUAUGAUGUGGAACGAGAUACAAUAUAUCAGACAUUACGUGUAGUCUGUGACUGUAAUACUGUGACUGUGUGGCGGAUCGUAAUGCUUGUAUAUAAAGCAAUUAUACUUCUUUUUGCUGCCUUUAUCACGUGGCCGGCAUGGCUUGCAGCCCAUGGGAAGGGAUCUGUGACUGGCCACUAUCUUGGCAUCUGUAUCUAUGUGACCGUUCUGGCUGCAGUAAUUGGCAUACCUGUCACAUUUAGCCUUGGACCAGAUCCCUCUGUACAUUAUGGUGUUGCUGGAGGGUUCAUUCUACUGUGCACUAUUUCAACAUCAAUCGUAAUUCUUUGUACUAUGUUAUUUGCCAAGAGGAACCCGCAUUCUAGUGACACAUCUGGCUUGAUUUCUCCAAUAAAUAGUUUGCUCAAGGAAAUAUCCGAGUCAAAAGACAAGAAAAACCCUCGACAAGUAACACAAAAUGGACAUGAAUUGAAUGGAAAUGAAGUACAGUCUUCUCCAUCAGGGAAUGUAGUAUAAAAUAAAUGCCUUAUGCAAGAGGAGUAGAUUUCCCAAAUCUGAGAGAUACCACUGUUACCCUCGAUGAUCAGUUUUAUAAACUGGAAUCAUUUGCCAUUGAAAUUGAUCUCAGAAUUUUCACUAUAGUUUUAAUCUGAAUAUCCUCAUAGAGUUUGCAAAGCUCAACUGUAAAAGUAUUAAUGUAAUUU